AUGUCUACCACAAAUGCUCCCUGUUGCACCCAUCCGUCAAAUGCAACCACCUGGCCUGGCCAGAUAGUGCUCAAUGUGCAGGUUAAGAGGCAUACCAAGGCACAAAAUAACACCGAUGACCUUGCCAUCAAGGUAGUAAAGGAAGCACAGGAAGCGCAGACCCAAAAGGGACUGAAGCGCCUGGCUGCGGCCCCCAUUCAGUCUAAGCCAAGGGCUCGUAAGGCGACAAAGUCUGUAGUAGGGGAUACUGACAGCAUGAUGGACACUGAUGAGGCAGACAGCAACCAGGAGGCUGCCGAGAACAUGGAGGAUGAUACUGCAGAAACAAAGAAGAAGAGGGUAAUGAAGAAAGGUGGAAAGCCAUUGAUAAGGGACACUAUCAGUAACAUGCAAAGCAAGAUCAACGAAGCAUCAUCGAAAGUGGAAGGUGGUGACCCUGUGACACAUGUAUCUGAUGGGAAAGAUACACCAACACCACAUAUCAAUCCCACCACCCAGAAAUUUGCUUUAGGUGGGCGAGUGACCGACUGGAGAUCAGAUGUCAAGCCCGUAAAAUCAGAGCUGUCACAGGCAUUCAGCAUUUCAACUCGGGUGCCUCCAACAUCAAUUUUCUCACAAGGCACUGCCUCCACUACGCCAACUUCUGAUGCACAGAUCCCAAUUCCAAAGCCUGUGGCUCCCGCUCAAAUUCCAGAUGCAGAAGUUGCCUCCAUAUUUGAUGACAACUUGGACUUCAACAAGCCUACAACUCCAGUAGCGUAUGAGUCAGAUGAUGAUUUUGAAUCUUCAUUUGUAGAAUGCGAAGAAUACUCACAGGAGCCUAAGGCUCCAUUUACACAGGUGGACAACCCCCUCAAGCAGAACGCUUGUGUGGAUGAGGCCGUAGAUGACAACGAGGAGUCUAUGGUGUCUGACUGGUCCAUGGACAUCAUUGGCCCGGAUCUUGAAGAUGUGAUUGAGGAUUCCGAUGACGCUCCUGAGCCCGAACCUGUGGUAGUGAAGAAGGAGAGGGUUCAGCGCACAACAUCUUUGACAUCUGUAUCUGUUGUGACUUCUGUCGCUGACAGCAAGCCGCCAGCUCAGAAAAAGGUCAAGGUUAAGCCAUCCGCUGCACGUGCCCACGGUGCUCCUGCCAUCAAACACCAGCUGAACGUGGAUACGACGCCAGACUGCAUGAAACCUCGUAGCGCCUAUCGUAAUGUUGACUUACCUGCCACGAUGCAGGUGGACCAAUGCUGGACAAAAGAAUUUCUCCCCACUGUCAUGUUGUGGGCUGGGAGUUAUGAUGAUAUCUGGAAUAUCCCAGAUGAAGAGCUCAACAUUACCAUUGUUCACGGUGGUGUGAUACAUUCCCUGACUGCGCAGCAUAUAUCCAAAUGGUGCAGCAAUUUCGGCUCAACAGGCAUAGUCAUCGUCCUGGACUUCUUGAUGCAAAACUCUGACUGCAAUCCGGUUCAACUCGCCAAAUCUUUGAUUGCAGAUUAUGCAUUCUUGUUCAAGGACCCUGACAACCCAAGUCCCCUCACAACAUACCGUUCUCCCUUCGUUUUGCAGUUGUUAGGCACAGCGCAUCUCAACGCCAUCAAUGGGUAUGUGGAGGUUCCCAAACUUGACACACAUACGCUCACGACACGUGGGAUGUUGGGUGUUAUUGCCCUUUGUGCUGCAGCAAUCAAGCGCGCCCUCAAUAUGUUCAUGGAUGAUGUUUUGAAAGUCAAACAAGUCUUGGCGUCUGGGUCGCGAGGUAAACUUGCCAUCAAGCUACCGAAACUCCUCAAUAAAACUACUGGGAAGAUGACCAAUGCCCCAUUCUUAUUUUCAGGGGCUCGCUGGACUAAAAUCACUACUUCAUUCAUCAAGUCUAUCUCAAGUAAGCCUGCUGGGUAUGUAGAGACCACCAUACAGAUGGCACAUGCUUGUACUACCUUAAAGGACACGAUGGACACACCACAUGGCUUGCUUGAUAAUGAGGAGUCCGAGGACAAUGAACAUGCUGUGCUUUGUAAGUGA